GAAAUUUGGCGCGUCGAUCAUCAAGAUGGCAGCGACAUGUGAACGAUGAGACAACUUUCCUCUCAUUUACUGGACCGUUGUGAAAAAUGAAAAGAAAGCUGCCGUCUUCGGCAAAAGGAAAGGGAAAUCAAGAAAUUACAAAAUUUUUCAAGGGUUUGACAUCUAAGGGCCCAAGGAAAAGUUGCAACCCUAUGAGUAAGGACAAGUUACCAGACAACAAAGAGCUCAAGGAACCACAUUUCAAGGGAUUGCCAAAUGACAAAAACAGUUUUGGUUCUAAAGACAAAAGCAUGAUUCCAAAUGCAGACAGUAAGGAAAAUGAUAAGGGUAGCAGUUGCAAUUCACUAGUUAAACCUGCUGUCAGUUCACCAUUAGGUAUUGAUGGACAUAACUGUUCAGUCCAUGGAAGCAAACAUGAAGGAAAAACACAGGCUUCAGCUUUAUUUACUAACUCUACUUCAGCUGCGGGAAUAACUGUGUCUGAUAGUGUUGGUGAUGAGACUUUUUAUUCAACCUGUGAUGAUACUGAAUCUUUGGACGAUUCAUGUGGUAGAAGUGUGACGGAUUCCACAAACUACGACUCUACAGACGGUAGUGAUAUUGAUAAUGGAAAAGAAGAAAAACUUGAUACUGAUGUGAAUGAAAGCUCGUUUUUUGAGAAAGAUUUGCACAAUCAAAUCCACAAAGAGUCAACUGUUAAAGAUUUGGAGAACAAAGAAAAGAGUUGUAAAGUUUUCAAGGAAAAAAAACAAGGUAAUGAUGAGUUGAAUGAAAAAGAAAUUGUGAGCAAAUCACCUGAUGGAUCAUUAAAAUCAAAGAAUAAGGGUGUGAAAAAAUGCAGAGACAAUAGCCCUGAUAAUUUUCCAGUGAGAUUGCAAGGGCGUAUUGGUAAUGAUGUUGACGGGAACUAUACAAAAACUUCUGAUGCACAUGUUGAGGAGACUAUAGUUGAUUGUGGUUCUCCUAUUGAUUCUGGUUUGGUUCCUUUCAAGGGAACAGACCAAAAUAGCAGCUCUGAUGAACUUAAAGAGGAGGAAUUUGAUAAAGGCAUGGACCAAAUCAUUAGUGGCAAGAAGCUUUUUGAAGAGGAUGAAGGGACUUUACCUGAAGGCUCAGAUUCCUCUGAUGAGGAUCUUUUAACACCGCCAAGAUUUCUCUAUGAAAAGACAAAGUUGAAACCAGAUAUUUGCACUCCAGAAAAAGGAGUUGCUCCAGUUUAUUCUACUCCCUCCCCAAUUUCUAGAGGAGAGGGAGAGGAGAAGACCAUCAAGUACAAACUCUCCUUUGAAAAGUUGAUUGCCGACAAAGUUAAGCAUAGAGAAAGGAAUGCUGAGCUUGCUAAGAUGGAGGAAGAGCUACAACAAGGGAUUGAUAAUGGAGGUAUUGGUCAACUGCCAAUUCCAAGUACUUUCAGUGAUAUAGAAUCAGAGGAAGACCUAACUGAUGAUGGACGUGACCUGAGAGACUGCUCCUUACCUCAGGACUUCAAAAAGUUUCUUGUGGAGGUGCAUGAUUUUUCUGAAGAACUGCCUGGAGAGGAUAUUUUCCCAGUGUUUCAUCCUAAUGUUACAUCUCAAGAUUUUCCCCGUCUAUCAAUGGUUCCUCAUCCGCAAGGCAACUCUUUUGAGGCAAAGCUGGUUUUAGCCUCAGACAUUGAGCUACAGGAGUUGUUGUGUGGAGGGUGGGUACUGCAGCAUUACCUGGAUAAACCUUGCCCAUCUGAGGUGGCAGAAUGGCUAUUUCAAAUCAUGUGUCGUCACAGAGAUCAGCAUGUCAUUAUCACAUCUUUUCAAGUCCUUUGGAUCAUGCUUGAAGCAGCCACAGAGGAUAGAGAUGAUAUCCCACCAAACUCCAGAGGUACCCUGUGGGUUCCUGGUAUCAAGACAGUCUUGAAGGAGCUUUUUUCCUAUGGUGCUAGGAUUCCAAGACUUUAUCCUGGAGAUCUUGUCAAUCAAUUAAGUAUAAGAGAAGUUUUGUUGAGUGAGAACUCCACGGAUGCAAUCCACAUGGAAGAAGAAACAGUUGGAGGUGUGAUGCAGACUGAAAGUUUUCCUCUCAUCAAUGUGAUGCACCUUGUUCAGCUGCUUACUCACAGUCUUCAAAAGUGUCCUCAGUCAUACACUGUUCAGGAUUUAAGAAACCUCAUGGUGCUGAUGUGUCGGUUGGCACUAGAUACAAGGCUUCACACUGUAGUGUUUGAUAUUGAGAUGUGUAUUGCAGCAGUGCUAAGUUGUUUUGGAGAGAUGCAGUGGCCUGAUGAGAUUAAAGAGUUGUGUGGUAUUUUGACAAAACUGAGCACAGACCAUCGGAAUCUGUUGUAUCUUGUCGAAAUUCAGCCUCCAUCCACUUAUGGGAUUCAGCUUCAGCGCCGUCUUAGUUUGACACUGCUUCACUGGUUAGUGCCCAAGUUUCUAAAUCAGGAGGAAACUGGAGAAAACCUUGGUGGGGACAGAUGCAAUGUAAUUGUUCCAGAAAAUGUAAAGGUAGCUAGUUUGGUUAAUCUUGUGGCACAGAUUAAGCCUACAGAUGAGUCAGAUUAUUUCCUGCUGCACACCAUAAUUUCUUUGAUCAGCUUUGCUGUUGGAAGUGAGGACCUACCCUCUAAAGAAAGGCCAUUUCUAGAAAAGUUGACCAACAAGCUGAGAACAGUGAAUGGGGAUAUCAAAGAUCCAAGGGCUGCAUUCAUGAACAGAACCAAGGUGAAAGACCUUUUAGUAAGGACAAUUUUUAGGCUGGCAAACAUGGUUCAGUGUAUCAAGCCACUCAAAGAGCAUCACAUAGCCAGCUACUUUGAGCACUCUACCUCAGAUUAUCAAGUAGAGCUGUUGAGGGAAAAUGAGGACAAGAAUUUGGAAGAGUUGCCAGAGAAUGAGGAGGAAGAAGCUAUGACUGGAGUGCAGGAAAUGGACCUUAGCACUUAAUGAGGAAAAGCAGUCAAUUCUUUUGAGAAGAAAAAAAUAUUCUUCAUUUGUAGGUGUGACCAAGAAUUGGUUCUUGGCAAGUGAAAACAGAAGGAUAUGAAAAUUUUUAUUUUGGUGGAUUGAUGUAAAUGUAUACAAUCAAACCUAUUUUACAGUCCAAGUUGUUUGUUGUUUUCUGAUCUGUAUCUGGCAAUGUUGAUCCUAGUAUGAAUACCACCGUUUUGAAGAGAUGUAUCAUCAACAUUUUGUAAAUAUAUUAUACAAGUAUGUAGAAUUUAAUUCUGUGAAUAUACACCUGGAGAUAUUAGUACUGAAUCAAUAAAAAAGUAUACAUUGUGA